AUGGAUAAAUUUCAUUCUCUUUUGUUGACUUUUUGCCUACUGAAAACGUUGGAGAAUUCCUACUCCACCUAUCAUGGAAACAUAUACGGUAUCAAACGACUUGUCAGUAACAAAACUACACACCCGGUUCAUCAACAUUUCUGGUUCAAACGACAUCAUGUACAUUUAAGAGAAAGAUAUCCAAAAACAUUGGUGUUUGCAAAAGCGUCAGUACAUGCAUGUUCCCAGAAACAGAGACCUGUUGCCUACUCCCAGCCGUUGAAGAAGGUUCAAAUUACGAAACGAAAUCUGUGGAGACAAAACAAAGCGUGGUGUGCUCAUUUGACAAUGACAACUACCAAAUCUAAAGUUACAGUGACAAUGACAACUACCAAAUCCAAAGUUACAGUGACAAUGACAACUACCAAAUCCAAAGUUACAGUGACAAUUACAACUACCAAAACCAAAGUUACAGUGACAAUUACAACUACCAAAACCAAAGUUACAGAGACAAUUACAACUCCCAAAACCAAAGUUACAGUGACAAUUACAACUACCAAAUCCAACAAGCACGCAUGUUGA